AUGGUCCUGGCUGUCAUGGUCCUGACUGCCAUGGUCCUGGCUGUCAUGGUCCUGGCUGUCAUGGUCCUGGCUGUCAUGGUCCUGGCUGUCAUGGUCCUGGCUGUCAUGGUCCUGGCUGUUAUGGUCCUGGCUGUCAUGGUCCUGGCUGUCAUGGUCCUGGCUGUCAUGGUCCUGGCUGUCAUGGUCCUGGCUGUCAUGGUCCUGGCUGUCAUGGUCCUGGCUGUCAUGGUCCUGGCUGUCAUGGUCCUGGGUGUCAUGGUCCUGGCUGUCAUGGUCCUGGGUGUUAUGGUCCUGGCUGUUAUGGUCCUGGCUGUUAUGGUCCUGGCUGUUAUGGUCCUGGCUGUUAUGGUCCUGGCUGUCAUGGUCCUGGGUGUCAUGGUCCUGGCUGUUAUGGUCCUGGCUGUCAUGGUCCUGGGUGUCAUGGUCCUGGCUGUCAUGGUCCUGGCUGUCAUGGUCCUGGCUGUUAUGGUCUUGGCUGCCAUGGUCCUGGCUGCCAUGAUCCUGGCCCCCAUGAUCCUGGCCCCCAUGGUCCUGGCCCCCAUGGUCCUGGUUGUCAUGGUCCUGGCUGCCAUGGUCCUGGCUGUCAUGGUCCAGGCUGUCAUGGUCCUGGCUGCCAUGGUCCUGGCUGUCAUGGUCCAGGCUGUCAUGGUCCUGGCUGUCAUGGUCCUGGCUGUCAUGGUCCUGGCUGUCAUGGUCCUGGCUGUCAUGGUCCUGGCUGUCAUGGUCCUGGGUGUCAUGGUCCUGGCUGUCAUGGUCCUGGCUGUCAUGGUCCUGGCUGUUAUGGUCCUGGCUGUUAUGGUCUUGGCUGCCAUGGUCCUGGCUGCCAUGAUCCUGGCUGUUAUGGUCUUGGCUGCCAUGGUCCUGGCUGUCAUGGUCCUGGGUGUCAUGGUCCUGGCUGUCAUGGUCCUGGGUGUCAUGGUCCUGGGUGUCAUGGUCCUGGCUGUCAUGGUCCUGGCUGUCAUGGUCCUGGCUGUUAUGGUCUUGGCUGCCAUGGUCCUGGCUGCCAUGAUCCUGGCCCCCAUGGUCCUGGCCCCCAUGGUCCUGGCUGUCAUGGUCCUGGCUGCCAUGGUCCUGGUUGUCAUGGUCCUGGUUGUUAUGGUCCUGGCUCCCAUGGUCCUGGCUGUCAUGGUCUAG